GUUGCGUAAGGUAUAUCCAAUAUGGCUGCCUACAUGUUUGACAUUGAGCACUCAUUUUUCUCGCACUAAGGAAAUUUGAUCGUCAGCUACAUUUUUUAAAAUUAAAUCAAAUUAUCGAAAUCAUUUGUAUUCAGUUCUCGGGCCAAGAUAUUUUUGAAAAUAUGUAAGAAACCAGGACGCAAUGUUGUGGUCAGGAGGACAUCUUAUACUGCGCCACUCCCUUGGCCUUUCUAAAAACAUUGUCUUGCAGGCAGGCCGUUGCUAUAUUUGUGCAAGAGGACUGCAACUGCUAAAGGUCUCUAAUUUGCAGAACUUGUGUAUAACUCAAAAAAAUGGCUUCCAAGGAUUGUGGCAACAGAGUAGAAGGCUGAAGAGUCACAAAAAUCCCUUUACACAGAAACUAGAUGAGGAGCGGAAGAAGAAGAAUAAAACUAUACUAACAUAUGUUGCAGCAGUCACUGUAGGAAUGAUAGGAAUGUCUUACUCUGCUGUUCCUCUCUACAGGUUGUAUUGCCAGGCUACAGGGCUCGGUGGUACUGCUGCACCAGGUCACAGUUCUGAUCAAGUAGAAACAAUGGAACCAGUGAGAGAUCGUAUCAUUAAAGUAACAUUCAACGCUGAUGUUCAUUCCAGUCUACAGUGGAAUUUUAGACCCCAGCAAAGUGAAGUAUAUGUUGUACCUGGAGAAACUGCUUUAGCGUUCUAUAAAGCAAAAAAUCCUACUGACAGACCUGUGAUUGGAAUUUCUACAUAUAAUGUGGUGCCGUUUGAUGCUGCACAGUACUUUAAUAAAAUUCAGUGCUUUUGUUUUGAAGAACAGCGGUUAAAUCCAAAGGAAGAGGUGGAUAUGCCAGUAUUUUUCUUUAUCGACCCAGAAUUUGCUGAAGACCCAAAGAUGGCAAGAGUAGACACAAUCACUCUUUCCUAUACGUUUUUUGAAGCAAAGGAAGGCCAGAAAUUACCACUUCCUGGAUACAAUUAAAUAAAAAUAGGAACUUUAUGUACAGUGUGCAUUUUUUUAAUAUUACUAUUUUUAUAAUCUUUAUCACUCAUAUUGGGUAUAGUGAUUCUGCUUACGUAUUUAUUCAGUUGUUUAAUGAGGAUCUUAAAAGGAAAAAUGAAUAAAAUUUUUUUCUUUACAUUUUA